CACCAGAGCAAGCUUCCUACUGCAAGACACUUCUCUCUUGUCUAGCUUUUUAUUCCUUUGCAGAUCAAACUCUAGCUUUUUCUUCAAUCUUCAUCUAGCACUUCCUGUCGAGCUUCUUUUAUCGAUUGUGCUUCACUGCUAGAGAUUUCUUGGUUUUUUACACAUCUUUGUUUCAUUUCUUAGCAAAGCCUGUACAAAUGGACAGGAUUAGAGAUCUGGCAUCAAGGAAGGCUGCAGUUAUAUUCAGCAAGAGCUCAUGUUUCAUGUGCCAUAGCAUCAAGUCUCUUUUUUAUGAACUUGGUGCUAGCCCUGCAAUUCAUGAGCUUGACCAAGAUCCCAAAGGGAGAGAAAUGGAGUUGGCUCUUCGUGGGCUAGGGUGCAAUCCCUCAGUCCCAGCUGUGUUCAUUGGUGGAAAAUUUGUAGGCUCAGCAAAAGAUGUCAUAUCUCUCCAUGUAGAUGGAUCUCUGAAACAAAUGCUCAUAGAUGCAAAAGCUAUCUGGUUCUAGCAAAGAAUCUCCACUCUGCAUUAGUACUUGUAGUAGCAGCAAUGUGAAAAUAACUCUAAUAUUGACUCAAAACAAUCAUGUAUUAAGAGCUUUCCUUUUUCUUGUGUUCCUUAAGUACAUUGUCUUCUGAAAAGAAUAGCCUAAGUAGUUUAUAUAGUGUUUUGAAUACUUUCCUCAGUAAUGGUUAAUAUUUUUAUGUUUUUUGCAGAUAGAUAGCACAGAGAAGAAGAACUUUUUUCUAUCUUUGUGUGGGGAGAGUUGUAAUGCAUGUGGGAGGCAUUUUCAUAUGUGAUCAUACCAUCUUGAGUGCAGAACUCCUAUAUGAUAAGAAAUUAGCUUUAUUUCACUCCUGUAUGUAGGGAGGAAUCAGUCACAGGAGAUGGUGGGCACAACAGAAGGAAUAGCAGCCACCGAAAGCCAUCAAAUUUCAUUCUCAAUCUUUCUUUGUAAGGCAUCAGAGAAAGUGAUUGUGAGAAUCUGGUAUAAUUUGACUUGCCUGAAAGACUUUUCCACUUUUUAUUGUGUCUUUCUGUUGAAUAUAAUUCACCCCCCUUA